AUGCUCUCGGAAUCAGAAAUCGCAAAAGACAUACACGACAUUGAGGAUGGGAAACCCUCACGACGGUCGAAGCUUCCGUCAGAGCUAUCAUUCGAACAAGUAGUAAAGAACACGACAGCACCGCCAUGCUCUCUUGGCGAAUUCAUGGACUUUUUGGUCUAUGAAAACCGUAACGCGGAAUUACUGCAAUUCUUCAUCUGGUACUGCGACUAUAUUGAGCGAUGGAGCGAGCUGUCACCUCAGCAGAAGUCACUGUCGCCGCCAUGGGAGCCGGACAGACAACGAGGGCAGAAAGGGCUUGCCGCGCAGACUCACAGACGAGAUGGGAGUGACAGACUGAACCAGAUAUUAAACAUCAUGGAGGUUGUGAACUCCAGGAAACACCCAAAUUGGUCAUUAGGGACAAGCGAGACAAGAGUCAGCUCUGGAAUAACAAUGCCUCUCAAUUCGAACCCAAUCGACGAACAAGCUUCAGACCAGAGACAACCAUUCCGCGACGAGGUGAAUAUGAUCAUCAAACAAUACAUUACGAAUCAGGCUCCGAGGCGCCUAGACAUAUCAGACGAGGAUUUGGCGGCCUGUCAAAAAGCUGCAAGCAUAACUACGCACCCAUCUGCUUUACUGCGCGCCUUCACCGCGGCAGAGGACCUGUUGAAGUCUGACUGCUAUCCACGUUUUGUGCGUAACAGCCAGCGAAACGCCAACAAACCACGUCUCAUAUUUGUUCGAGUCAUUGCUCUCAUCAUCAUAAUGAUCGGCUUCCUGGCCAACCAGGUUCUGGUUCUAUCGAGCCUCUCUCAGUUCUAUCGCGUGCUGAGCAUAAUACUAUGGUGGCCCAGCUUCACCAUUCUAAUAGCAGCAAUACAAGGGCUGUGUCUCCUUCUACAAAUAAGAAGCCUCCGCCAACUCCGACCAUGGGAACAAGAACAACUCGAUGAAGAAGUUGACGCAGACGACCACGGCCAUGAGCUCAACUCGGCAGCUGAGGUGACGACGCACAUCAGCUCGGACAAUGACAGGCGGCGGUCGAAGCAGCCCGCGUUCGGUACCGCGAUCCGAGUCACGAGCCGGCUGUCGUCGAGCCGCAAUGACGACCCGCUGCGCAAGCCGAGUAUGCAGACUUUCGGCCCCGCGAAUAAAUACAGGAGGAGGGCCUUCGUCAAGGCAUACCAGGCUAAGCCGCUGACCCGCAAGAUCUGGGACGACGCCGUCAAGACGCGGAAUAGGAACAUCAAGAUGCUUCAGGACCGGACGGUCUUUCUUUCGAUAUGCUGGGGCGGUGCGCUAUCCGACUAUCGCACAUGGAAAAUGGACCACCCGGACAACCAGCAGCAGGCCCCCUUGAUAUCCAACCGGGACCGUGAGGAAGACUACGAAGACGGCCUCGACGAUGCCGUCGGACAAGCAGCCUCGCUCGAGGCUGGCAAGGCCUCGUCGCCGGGCUUGUUCAUGUGGCUGUUGACCUUCUCGGCCGGAAUAGGCGGGCUUCUGUUUGGAUACGACACGGGCGUCAUCUCAGCAACCCUCGUCUCGAUCGACACCUCCCUCUCCAACCGACCGCUCACCUCCUUCGACAAGUCAGUCAUCACCUCCGCGACCGCCUUAUUCGCCCUCCUCAUCUCCCCUGCCUCCUCCGUACUCGCCGACCGCCUAGGCCGGAAACGCGUCAUCCUGCUGGCGGACCUGCUCUUCGUCCUGGGCUCGGCGCUGCAGGCGUCCAGCGCCACUGUGUCUCUCAUGAUUGUGGGCAGGGCCGUCGUCGGCGCGGCAGUGGGCGCCGCCUCCUUCGUCGUGCCACUGUACCUGGCAGAGCUAUCGCCAGCAGCGUUCCGCGGGCGCGUUGUUACUAUGAAUAUCUUCUUUGUUACCCUGGGACAGGUAGUGGCAUAUGUAGUAGGGUGGGCCUUCGCCGAGUUCGCGGCGCCCGAGACGGGCUGGCGCUGGAUGGUCGGGCUCGGCGCCGCGCCCGCCGCGCUGCAGCUGGCGCUCGUGGCCGGCAUGCCCGAGACGCCGAGGUGGCUGGUCAAGGCCGGGCGGGUGGGCGAGGCGCGCGCCGUGGUCCGACGCGUGGCCGGCAGCGGGCCCGGCGCCGGCGCCGAGGCGGACGUGGUGCUCAAGGACAUCGAGGCCGAGGUGCGCGAGGAGGAGCAGGCGCAGAAGGCGCGCCGCAGGUCCCCCGCGCUCGCGGCCAGGUCCCAGUGGCUCGACGGCUGGGACGAGCUGCUCGCCGUGCGGAGGAACCGCCGGGCUCUGGCUAUUGCAUGCCUGCUGCAGGGCCUGCAGCAGCUGUGUGGAUUUAACUCGCUGAUGUACUUCUCGGCCACGAUCUUCAAGCUUCUUGGGUUUGACAGCCCGACGCUUACGUCGAUGGUGGUCGCGGUCACGAACAUGCUCUUCACGGUGGUCGCACUAAUGGUCAUCGACAAGGUCGGCCGGAGGCGGAUCCUGCUCUACUCGAUUCCCUUUAUGAUCCUAGGGCUACUCCUCUCAGCAUGGGGGUUCUCGAUGAUGAAGCUGUCGACGUCAACUUUUGGGGACGACACGAGCGGCGCGCCGCCCUCGCCGGCGCCAGCCUCGAACCACGGGGCGGCGGUGGUGAUUCUGACUUCCAUAAUGCUGUACGUCGCAGCGUACGCCAUUGGGCUGGGCAACGUGCCGUGGAUGCAGAGCGAGCUGUUCUCGCUAAGCGUCCGGUCGCUGGGCAGCGGGGCGGCAACGGCGACGUGCUGGGCGGCCAACUUCGUGGUCGGGCUGAGCUUUUUACCGCUGAUGGACGCGCUGUCACCGACGUGGACAUUUGUACUUUACGCGGCAGUCUGCGUGGCGGGCAACUGGAUGGUGUACCGCGUGUACCCAGAGACGAACGGGCUGAGCCUAGAGGAGGCGGCGGCUCUUCUAGAGAGGGAUGACUGGGGCGUUGAUGCCCGAUGA